AUCUUAAUUUAGUCUGUUUCACGAGCGUAUGUAUAUUUGGUUGGCGGAAUCCCAGUUGGGCAGAAUUCUUGGGGUGCGCCUGUGUUUGUGUGUUCAUUGUGGGACUGUGGACAUCUCAGCCCAUGUGUGGGGGAUGGUAAUCAGGGAUUUUAAUAGACAGAUGUUUGCCCCCCAGUAAACCCCUUUUGUGUGCUCUGUGAGCUUAAUUUUAAUUACAGGUUAGGGGGAAAGAAAUGCACUGUCAUUCACAGGCGAAAGCACAAUGAAUUCAGGCACAUCCACCAAACAGAAUAUUUUCCACUACCGUGGCCGCUAGUAAUUUACAACCACGCAGUGAUCUAGCUGACAGGGAUUGAUUACAUCUGGACACAGUUCUUUAAACUGGAACAAUGCUAAAAUAUUUAGAAGAUGGCCAUCUUAACACUAUACUUCAUCCCUUUCAGCACACAUUACCCUUCAUUUACGUAUUAUAAAAUCUGAGCCCUUUUCAAUUAUGUCGAUUGUCAUCUUUCAUUAUUUACAUAGGAGAAGGUAGUUUCCAACACAACUGCUUAGCGGCUGAUGGUGUAUCUGAACAUUAUUUGCGACGGAGCGGUACCUAACGCAAUUCGGCCUCACUUCAAAAUGGUGGGGACAGCAGUUGCAUCCUAUAUCACACGAGCUUGUAGAGGCAACGGCGCCUUGGUACCUUGAAGUAAACAAGUAGUCAGCGAUCAGCUGGAUACCUAUGGACAAAUGAAUACACUAUUUUCUAAAGAUGCUGUAGCGGAGAGCUUGGUCGGCAGCGCCAUGGCAGGAGCCUCGGUGAAGGUGGCGGUGCGGGUCCGCCCCUUCAACUCGCGGGAGAUCGGCAAGGACAGCAAAUGCAUCAUCCAGAUGUCGGGGAACACCACCACUAUCCUCAACCCCAAGCAGCCCAAAGAAAACAAGAGUUUCAACUUUGAUUACUCGUACUGGUCACAUACCUCGCCAGAGGACACAAACUAUGCAUCCCAGCUGCAAGUGUACAGAGACAUUGGGGAGGAGAUGCUGCUGCAUGCCUUCGAAGGCUACAACGUCUGCAUCUUUGCCUAUGGGCAGACCGGGGCUGGCAAGUCCUAUACCAUGAUGGGCAGACAGGAGAAGGACCAACAGGGCAUCAUCCCACUGAUGUGUGAAGACCUCUUCACCAAAAUCAACGACAGCAAUAACGACAACAGCAAGUCCUACUCGGUGGAGGUGAGCUACAUGGAGAUCUACUGUGAGCGCGUUCGGGACCUGCUCAACCCUAAAAACAAGGGGAACCUGCGCGUGAGAGAGCACCCGCUCAUGGGGCCCUAUGUGGAGGACCUCUCCAAGCUGGCUGUCACCUCCUACAAUGACAUCCAGGACCUGAUGGACUCCGGAAACAAAGCCAGGACGGUGGCGGCAACCAACAUGAACGAGACCAGCAGCCGCUCCCACGCCGUCUUCAAUAUCAUCUUCACGCAGAAGCGGCACGACGCCGAAACCGAUAACACCUCCGAGAAGGUUAGCAAAAUCAGCUUGGUGGAUCUGGCUGGGAGCGAAAGGGCAGACUCCACAGGAGCCAAAGGCACAAGACUGAAGGAAGGGGCAAACAUCAAUAAAUCCCUGACUACACUAGGAAAAGUUAUUUCAGCAUUGGCUGAAGUGGAUUCUGGAGGAAAUAAGAACAAGAAGAAGAAAAAGGUGGAGAGCUUUAUUCCAUACAGAGAUUCUGUGUUGACAUGGCUGCUAAGGGAGAACCUGGGGGGAAACUCCCGCACCGCUAUGGUGGCGGCCCUCAGCCCAGCUGACAUAAACUAUGACGAGACCCUCAGCACCCUCAGGUACGCUGAUCGGGCCAAGCAGAUCCGCUGCAACGCCGUCAUCAACGAGGACCCCAACAACCGGCUGGUGCGUGAGCUCAAAGAGGAGGUGUCCCGGCUGAAGGACCUCCUCUACGCCCAAGGCCUCGGGGACAUCAUUGAGAACCUAUCCGAUUACAAGAACAAUAACAAUAAUCUACAAGCUGUCAGUCAAAGGGGUGAUCUCUCCACAGUGACCAAUGCCAUGACGGGUAUGAGUCCCUCCCCCUCUCUCUCCGCCCUGUCCAGCCGGGCCGGAUCCAUUAGCAAUCUCCACGACCGCAUCAUGUUUAGUCCGGGCAGCGAGGAGGCUAUCGAGCGGCUAAAGGAAACAGAAAAGAUCAUCGCCGAGCUCAAUGAGACCUGGGAGGAGAAGCUGCGACGCACGGAGGCCAUCAGGAUGGAGAGAGAGGCCCUGCUGGCGGAGAUGGGCGUUGCCAUGCGGGAGGACGGCGGCACGCUGGGCGUGUUCUCGCCAAAGAAGACCCCACAUUUGGUGAACCUGAAUGAAGACCCUCUUAUGUCAGAGUGUCUGCUCUACUACAUUAAAGAUGGAAUUACCAGGGUGGGGCGCGAGGACGCCAGUAGCCGCCAGGAUAUCGUUCUGAGCGGCCAUUUCAUCAAAGACGAACACUGCACGUUCACCAGCACCAGCGGCCCGCACGAAGAAGCAGCAGUCAUCUUGGAGCCCUGUGAGGGAGCAGAGACCUACGUCAACGGGAAGAGAGUGACGGAGCCCACCGUUCUCCGAUCAGGGAACCGCAUCAUCUUGGGGAAGAGCCACGUGUUCCGCUUCAACCACCCGGAGCAGGCGCGGCAGGAGCGGGAGCGCACGCCCUGCGCCGAGACCCCGGUCGAGCCCGUGGACUGGGCCUUCGCCCAGAGGGAACUGCUGGAGAAGCAGGGCAUUGACAUGAAGCAGGAGAUGGAGCAGAGGCUCCAGGAACUAGAGGACCAGUACCGCAGGGAGAGAGAAGAAGCCAACAAUCUCUUAGAACAACAGAGACUGGACUAUGAGAGCAAGUUGGAGGCCCUUCAGAAGCAGGUGGAUCGUUGUUACCCAGAAAUUCCUGAGGAAGAAGAGGAACCUGAAGAGGAAGUGCAAUGGACCGACCGGGAGAUGGAGCUAGCGCUGUGGGCUUUCCGCAAGUGGAAGUGGUACCAGUUCACCUCCUUGAGAGACCUGCUGUGGGGGAACGCCAUCUUCCUAAAGGAGGCCAAUGCCAUCAGCGUGGAGUUGAAGAAGAAGGUUCAGUUCCAGUUUGUGCUGCUGACGGACACGCUGUACUCUCCUCUCCCUCCUGACCUGCUGCCUCCUGACGCAGCCAAAGACAGAGAGAAACGUCCCUUCCCCCGCACCAUCGUGGCCGUGGAGGUGCAGGAUCAGAAAAAUGGGGCCACUCACUACUGGACCCUGGAGAAACUCAGGCAGAGGCUGGAUCAGAUGCGGGAGAUGUACGACCGUGCAGCAGAGGUGCCCAACAGCGCCAUUGAGGACUGUGACAACGUGCUGACAGGCGGGGACCCGUUCUACGACCGGUUCCCCUGGUUCCGCCUGGUGGGCCGGGCUUUUGUCUAUCUGAGUAACCUGUUGUAUCCUGUGCCCUUGGUGCACCGGGUGGCCAUUGUCAGCGAAAAGGGCGAGGUCAAGGGCUUUCUGAGGGUUGCUGUGCAGGCCAUUUCUGCUGAUGAGGAGGCCCCAGACUAUGGUUCUGGCGUGCGGCAGUCGGGGACAGCCAAAAUUUCUUUUGAAGACCAGCAGUUUGAGAAGUUCCAGAACGAAACCCAAGCAGGUGGCAUGUCACGCUCUGGGACGUCCCAGGAGGAGCUGCGCUUCGUGGAAGGAGAGGGGCAAAAUUCAGACAUGAGUCUCUCCGCAGAUGAGGUCAACAACAACACCUGUGCGGCCAGCCCAGAUGAACUGGACAGCCCCCUGAAGGCCAACCUGGAGGGGCCCCUGGACGGAUCUCUGGAGCACCUGAGGAUUGGCAGCAACUUCACCUUCAGGGUGACGGUUUUGCAGGCGUCCAGCAUCUCUGCCGAGUAUGCUGACAUCUUCUGCCAGUUCAACUUCAUUCACCGGCAUGACGAGGCUUUCUCCACGGAACCGCUGAAGAACACGGGCCGUGGGCCACCCCUGGGCUUCUACCACGUGCAGAACAUUGCGGUGGAGGUGACAAAAUCCUUUGUGGAGUACAUUAAGACCCAGCCCAUCGUUUUUGAGGUGUUUGGACACUACCAAAAACAGCCCUUCCCGCCUCUCUGCAAAGAUCUCAUCAGUCCACUGCGUCCCUGCAGAAGGCAGUUCCCUCGUGUCAUGCCCCUUUCCAAACCAGCCGAGCCUGACGCCGAAGCCGACGAAGAGCGGGAGAAGGCCAUGGAGCUGAUCCGCUACCUGGUGCCGGAGGUGUUCAAUGGGGCACUGGUGGACUCGCUGUCGGGCCACGCCCUGUCGGCUGCGGGCCUGGCCGCCUCCUUCCUCUGUGAAAUGGAGGCUCGCGCAGCGCUGCCACCCGCACCCAUCUCUAUCUGUUCUGUUAUCAAAGCUCAGAAGCCGGUACCCGCCACCAAGCUGACGGCGCUAACCCGCCCCACCGCCGGGCCCUGCCACUGCAAGUACGACCUCAUGGUCUUCUUCGAAAUCUGCGAGCUGGAGGCCAACGGAGACUACAUUCCUGCAGUGGUGGAUCACAGAGUGGGCAUGCCCUGCCACGGGACCUUCAUGCUGCACCAGGGCAUCCAGAGGAGGAUCACGGUGACCAUCGUCCACGAGACCGGCGGCGACAUUGAGUGGAAGGAGGUCAGGGAGCUGGUUGUGGGGCGCAUCCGCAACACCCCGGAGGCCGACGAGACCAUCAUCGACCCCAACAUCCUCUCCCUCAACCUCCUCUCUGCAGGGUACAUUCGCCCCACGCAGGAUGACAGACAGUUUCUUGAUUCGGAUAUGCCUAGGACCUUCUACCGCUUUGAGGCAGCCUGGGAUAGCUCCAUGCACAACUCCCUGCAGCUGAACCGCGUCACUCCGUAUGGGGAGAAAAUCUACAUGACCCUGUCUGCUUACCUGGAGAUGGAGAACUGUACCCAGCCCGCAGUGAUUACCAAAGACUUUUGCAUGGUGUUUUACUCACGAGACGCCAAGCUGCCUGCUUCCCGUUCCAUACGCAAUCUCUUCGGCACCGGCAGCCUGAGGGCGUCGGAGAGCAACCGAGUUACUGGUGUGUACGAAGUGAGUCUGUGCCACCUGGCCGAUGCAGGAAGCCCAGGCAUGCAAAGGAGACGCAGGAGGGUCCUGGAUACGUCGGUGGCGUAUGUCCGUGGGGAGGAGAACCUAGCUGGCUGGAGGCCCCGCAGCGACAGCCUCAUCCUGGACCACCAAUGGGAGCUGGAUAAACUCAGCCUACUGCAGGAGGUGGAAAAAACAAGGCACUAUCUGCUCCUGAGGGAGAAACUGGAGACCACACUGAUGCUGGGCCAGGAGUCGCUGUCCUCCUGCGAGGAGCAGAAUGACUCCUUGCAGUCCCCUGCAGAUAACGGUGCUCCGGGUUCCAUCCCGACCCCUGAGAGCCCUAACGAACGACAGAGGGAGCUGGCUGCUAAGUGUCUGCGGCUCCUCACGCACACCUUCAACAGGGAGUACAGUCAUGUCUGCAUCAGCGCCAGCGAGAGCAAGCUGUCUGAGAUGUCUGUGACAACGCUGAGGGACUCCACCUCAGCCUCAGCCCUGAGCACCCUGACGCCCUCCUCCACGUGCCCCUCGCUGGUGGAGGGACGCUACGGCAACACCGAGCUCAGAACCCCAACCCCCCGGUCCCGCUCCAUCAGCCCAGAUCCCGACUCCUUGCAGGACGGAGACAUGAAGAAGUCUCCCAGCGGAAGCCUGAGACCCAACAUGAGGGUCCGCGCUUUCGUCCCUGACAUCCAGGAGAUCCGCGUCAGCCCCAUCGUGUCAAAGAAGGGGUACAUACACUUCCUUGAGCCGCAUACCAAUGGGUGGGUGAAGCGUUAUGUGGUGGUGCGUCGGCCGUACGUGUACAUCUACAACACGGAGAAGGACAACGUGGAGAGAGCCAUCUUGAACCUGUCCUCUGCACAGGUGGAAUACAGCGAGGACCAGCAGGCUAUGCUGAAGACCCCGAACACGUUUGCUGUGUGCACCGAGCAUCGUGGGAUACUGCUUCAAGCCAGCAAUGACAAGGAAAUGCAUGACUGGCUGUAUGCUUUUAACCCUCUCCUGGCCGGAUCCAUCAGGUCAAAGCUUUCUAGGAGAAGGGCUGCACAGAUGAGGAUCUGAAACCACUGGUGAAACCCCACCCCAAGCAAGUCUUGUGAAAAAAAUUGUAUGAGAUAGAAGACAAAGACUAAUUCCUGUAUAUAGAUUACAAGACCUAACAUAUGGUCCCUGUGCUGAUCCUAUCCUCCCCCAUAACGUGCCUGUUUUUGCACAUGCUCGGUUUAUCACAACCAACCAAGACUGAACGCAAGGCCCAAUGGAGCCCAUCUUCCCUGUGUGUGAGGCUUUGCUGCUUGUGCGCUAAGUCAUCAGAACGCCCAUUGUGAGGGCAACCAGGCCCUAGCUAACUGGAAUAUUCUAAGUUGGUUGAGUAAAGAAGGGGGAGGGAUGGUGUCUGACCAGUUCCUUAUUUCUAGAGUGGUUGCUUGCAUAGCUAUCAGCAGUGCUUUGGCCAGCCCCUUUUGAGCACCACGGAGAAGUAUAAUACCCAUUCACAAAACCUCACAUGUGUUGGUGGUAGUCUCAGAAAGAGGACGUUAAUAUUUUCCACAUCUUCCCAUUACAUAGCAUAAACCAGAGUAGAAACAAUUGAUGAAAUCAUACAAAAAAAAUAUAGAGCUCAGUCCACUAGGGUACACAAUGCUGAAAUAGUUCCUAGGUGCUUUUACGGCUCAGAGGUCAGUAUUUCAACUCAACAUCAAGUAUUUCCACACCAGUUCCACAGGAUCCUCAUGGUUUUAACUGAUUAGAUUGGUACAUUGUAACUGACAGAGCCUUUGGAAAGCACUCCCUCUCCGCAUUCCUCUUAAUUUCUAUCACUGCUUUUUGGAUUGUGUAUGGCCCCUAUUUUGAUUUGAUCUCCAGUGUCCUUUCUUAAGGGAAUUCUUAUGUUGUUAUUGUGCUCCAAGAUUUCAACACACUCUGGCAAUGGGAGAGAUAUUUUGGCAUUGAAAAGCAUAAAUCCUCAUGUGCACCCAAACUCCCAUAUUAAGAUUCCGUGCUGCUUUGCCCACUUUUCCUGAUAACAGUGAUGGUAGCUAACUCAGUUAAGAUACCAUAGUCAACUGCUGAUAUGUUUUUGAAAGCUUACACUACCCCUUAUAAUGAACUUAUUUGCUUAAAUCGUUUUUAUUUUGUAUGUUUUCUGACAUCUAUUUAAGUAUUUAACCACAUAUUUAUUUCUUUUAACAUUUAUUUAUUUAUUUAUUUACAAAGACUUAUUUUUAACAAAGUACAUAACAAUUUCUGCAUAUGUCACUUUUUAUCAUGUGUUUCCCUAAGGUCUUGAUUGUUUUCUUCAUUACUAAACCAAAAAAAAGUAAAAGAACACUUUUUUGGGGGAAAAAGCUGAUACAGGGAUUUUAGCUGCUAUGUAGAUUACUUGAACUAAAUUAUUAUAACAUUUAAUAUAUUAAAGAAAUAACAUUUAAACACAUCAAUUGCCUCUACUACCAGCCCUUCAGCUAACAUGUGAACAACAGGGAGAGUGUGUGAGGAAGAUGACAUGAAAUUUACACAUGAAAUCAUAAACGCUGAUGUAUCCGUAACGUUUAAAUAUAUGGAUAUUGACCUUCAGAAAUAAGAAUUCUGACUUGUGAAAUCUCUAUACCAUUGAAAUCUAUGAUAGAUUCUGGCACCGGUGACGUGCUCCAUUUGCUGGAAAAAAGGAUACCGAGUCUAUGGUAGUUAUAAAUAACUGUGUCUGUACAUAGAUGGCAUUAGGAAGCACCUUUCUUUUAUUUGAUUACUGAGUCCCUCUAUUACCUCCUUAUGCUGCUGUAAUUCUCUCUCCUCUACCUUCGUUCAUGUUGACUACCUGUGCAUAAUUAUUAUACCAUCAUAUGAUUCAUAUCGACCACCUUCUUACCUGCAAUCAGUAUAUACAGGCAAAUAUUCAUUCAAGGAUGAUCUGUGUGUAUACUGAGUGUACAUACAGUUACUGUGACUCUAUCGAGAUAUCUAAAAUUGACAGGUAUUGAUGACACAUUUAUGCUGAUAGAUACUAGUAUUACACUAGAGUUCUAUCAAUCCAUAUACACGUCCUUAUCUAAUUUCUAUGAAUUUGUCUGUCUUUUUGUCUCUCGGCCAAGUGCUUUUCUAUGAAGCUGCUCGCCUUUCCGCAAGCUCAUAGCAGACAUCUUUGUGCUUACAGUAGCUUCGUUUUGUGACAUACAAUGUUAUGUCUUUCUUUGCAUCCCUCUUUCUGUUGAUGGAGACUUGAUGCUAGAAACUAGAAACAUUAGGUUCCCCUCAACUAAAAUGAAAGGAACAUACCUGCUGGUCUGUCUGAAAACCCCUCAGUGUAAUAGUACAUUGCAAUAUCUUGAAACAAAGGUGGUGGGUGCCAUAUCCAAGAAUUUAGAGAUAACGGUUGUAUUGUCAGUGUUGAACAAAACCAUUCUGCAUUGUAAAUGCCCAGUUAGUGGUAGCCAGGUAAUUUACAUCCACUGUGUAGAAAGUCAAAUGGGAAGCAGAACACUUUUACAGUGGUUCGUCAACAAGUACAUGUUUUUCACCUACUGAAUGUACUAAUAACAUGAUACUGUAUACCGUGUAAAAUAUAUAUGAAUAGCCAUGUCCUUUACUCUUUGGUGACCAAAAACUAAGGAAUUUGUGAGAAAAUACAUUUUUGUAAAAUUCCCAUUUAGCUGUUUAAUGUGCCCAAUGUUCAUGUAACUCUCAUAAUCCUGUUCCUUUCUUGUCAUUCUUGAGUUCUGAACACAUGAUAUUUCACACAGGAUCUUUUUCCAGGCAGUUUAGCAGAAGUGGUCAGCAACUUUAUUUGUCUAGUAGCCAAUGUUCACAUAUCGCGUUCGAUUUUGGACACCUCGCGGGUCUAAUUACAGAGCUAAACUUAAAGGAAGCAAGCUGUGAGCGGACGUACCCUUGGCUGAGCAGCUAUUGGAGUAUGGCCCACAGCCAUGUUACUUCCUGCGUGUUUUGCUAGAUACUGGAGUCAUCUGGAGAGAGCAGUUUGGUUGAGUUCCCCAGCUGCUUCUAACAGCGCUGGGUAUAAGAGUGCGCCUUAGGCCAGCCAACCUACAGUGCACACUCGGUUCAGAGAGUUCUUCUUGGAAAUGUAAGGAAGCAGAGCAUUGACAUGCAGUGAAGAAAAAAGACCCCAGUUACAUAUAAUAACCACCCCCCCCCCCCCUCAAAAAAGUGACUUAGAUUUAGGUUUAAAAUGGAUUGAAAAUCAAAGUGGGGAUCAAAUGUUUUAUCAUUUCUAUCCAACCCAGUGCUGAUAUUACUUGACGUAGCUAGUUGUGAUCUACAUACAUUGGGGAAUUUUAAACUUAUGUAGUUAAAUACAUACACAAAUAUGUAUUUCUUCAGUUUUUGGUCACAUUCUUGUACUGUACCAUAGCCUUUACUGAGCCUUCUAACUGAUACGGUAUCAGAAUGAUGCACAGAUUUAUUUACUAAUUGUCAGUUCCAAAAUUAUGUGUAUUGUGGCAUGACGUGGAUAUCAAAUUGAACAUAUAUGAAAUAAAGCAGGGUUCUUUUAUAAGAAAACAAAUAUCAGGAGUAAUUUAAAAGACUCCAUGUAAUAUUGUGAGCAGUAAUAUUGGGUGUUAAAACCAUAUCCUUGCCUAGAGUAAAAAUACUUUCUGAACUCAACCUAAUUAAAAGAUAGAGUAGAGUUUUGCAUGGUGACAGUAGCUUAUAAAAACAAUAUUGAUUCAUAUCAGACCUAUUAUCAGAUUGCCCCCAUUGCCUGUCAUCUGUAAGUCUAAUUAUUAUAUUAUUUUUUAUCUGUUGAAUAAGCCUUAUUUUUAAAUGUAUGUACUUUGAGUAGACAAUCAUUUUGAGGUGUUUCUGUGUUUAGAGAGGCUUCGGUUACAGUCAUGUGACAUCAAGUACCCAUCACACUUACAAAUGUGGAUUUGCAUGACUGAAUAAAUGUGCUAUUGGUUGAAUUCUGCAUUUUGUUUUGCUACUUUGAACUAACUAAACAACAGAAUUGCCAUUCCCUGGUGUUAAUUGUACCUUUGUAUUAAAAUAAAAGAAAUUCAAAGUAAAAAGAAUAUGAAAUUAAAACUGUACAAAAAAUUGUACAGAAAAUUGAAUUGAAACUAGAAUAUUUGCCUCUAAAAUGGAUGAAAAAUAUAAAAGCCCUUAUUGUUUUAGAUAUUUAUUGAUAUUACUAUUUCCUUUAAUGCAAAUUGUGACGAUAAAAGGUGAAUUGCUUGCCAGGCUUCUAUAGGUAGUCAGGCCACUAGGUGGUGAUAUGCUACCUUGUGCAUGACCAUCCCUGCCCAUAGAACAAAAUAGCGAUCAAAACUUAGCUAUCAGGGCUGGGGCCUGCACACUGAAGCCCAGUGACAGGCGAAGGAGACAAAGCAGACUGGGAUUGCUUUGAAUACAUUAUCAACCGUGUAGGCUGCUAUACCUUUUAAUUUGUGUGCCUGUUUUUAAAAAAAGUCACAAAACGUUUUCAGUUAGGUGCACGGAAACAUUAUUUUCGAUUGUUAGAAGCUUUUAAUCUUGCCUUUUUCGGGUACUGUUGUAUAUUUUAAUUCUGUGAAACAUACCCGUAAUUUACAACUUGUAAUUCAUUUGAGCAAAUUAAAAUACUGUAGGUGUAGUGUAAAACCGAAUUUCAGUGUCUAAUGUGUGCAUUUAAUGUUGAUGUCUCUCCACUGUAUUUCUGUUAAGCAAAGGUGCUUGAUUCUUACAACACUUUUAUUGAAUCAUAGCCCACAUUCUCAGAAACUGAAGUUAACAGCCUUAAUAUAGAAACUAAAUAAGCAUGAAUUUCCCAAAUAAAAACUAAAUAAACUGACACAGAGUACUUUAUUGUCCAAUAAGUUAAAUUGGAAAUUUAAUUCUAAAAUAGUAUAGAAAUAACAACUAAUGGAAUAGACAAAGCUAUAAGAACCUUGCUUCACAGACAAUUAUAUAUAGCCUAGGUUUGGCAUUAUCAGUGCAUUGAAUAAAACGAGACAGCCAUUCAGAGGGUUUCUAAUGGACAAGAAGUACUUAUUUCUGCCUGUUCCCAUUUGAAUGUGUCGUUUCACACAUCCAGCAUAUUUAGACGUAAGACAAUGUCACUGUAAGAAAAUUCUCCCUUCACAGACAACAUCUACCAUCAUUAUCUGCACUUCCCACCACAUACCUUCAAGCAGCACUUUUUAAGCUAUGAAAUUAUUUUGUGAUUAUUAUUUCUGUGCUUCCAUAUCUAAAUUGAACCCAAGGUUUCCUACUCCUCAGUUCACAAUAUUUUCAUCUUCUCCAAUUAGUUUUUCUCUGUAUAUAAACAUGAUUGCUGUGGACGGUGUAUUAUACAGCUGUAUCCCGUUUGUACCAUCCUGAAUGGGCAGUAGAUUAAUAAAUGUCUCAAACUAUUUGAGUGUUGGAGUUAAAAGAGUCAGUUGUUUGUGUAAACUUAACACAUUGUCAGAUGUUAAAUAAACGUUAAACUUAUGCAACACUG